AUGAUGAAUGAGAGAAACAAGCUUUCAGCUGCUCUGAAGAAUGAAGAUGCUGCUCAAAGGAAGGCAGCUCUGGAAGCUGCUAUGAGAAAGAAGAUUGAAUUUGAGAAAAAAGCAUUGUGUAUUGUUGAACAACUCCUGGAAGAAAACAUUACUGAAGAGUUCCUUCUGAGUUCUGGAAAAUGUAUUACUCCAUCUCACUAUAAAGACAUUGUUGAUGAACGGUCUAUCAUCAAACUAUGUGGUUAUCCUCUGUGUCAAAAUAAACUGGAAAAUGUGCCAAAACAGAAGUACAGAAUUUCAACAAAAACGAACAGAGUUUACGAUAUCACUGAAAGAAAGUGCUUUUGCAGCAACUUUUGCUAUAGAGCAUCUAAAUAUUUUGAAGCUCAAAUUUCCAGAAGUCCAGUAUGGAUGCGAGAAGAAGAAAAACCACCAGACAUAGAGCUGCUGAAGGAGGGACAGAGUGGACAGUCUGGAGAAGAGGUGAAACUACGUGAUGAAGCAGUUAAAGCAUCUGACAUUGAAAAUCCUAGGAUAUCUUCAAAUCCAUGUGAAACUGGUUCCCAUGACACAGCCAGUGACAGCAGUAGUGAUACUGAACAAGAAUUUGUUUCUUCUGUCCUACCAGGAAGUCAGUCAAGUUCAGCCAAUUUUGCACAGAAAUUGCACAGAAAGAAGCCUCCUCAGAAAGUCUGUUCCAGCCCUAAAACCGAAGACUCAGAUAUGGUAGAAGCCACUGAACAACUAUCUAAUUGUAAAUUGGAUGAUCAGGCAGAAAUGCAUGCUUGCUCUGUUCAUAAUAAAAUAACUGCAACACCUUCAAAAAAUACUGCUCUAGGGAAAUCAAGUGCUUCAGAAAACUAUGCAGAUACCCGUGGUUCACAGAUAGUUUUUCUAAGUGUGAGCAAAAGAGGGGCAGAACAUCUUAAAAGAACACUAGCUAACUUGAAAGAACAUAAAAAACCUGAACUGAGGCAUCCAGUUAAUUCCAAAGGCAGUUUAUUAGAGGUGCUCAAGCAAACACUUAUGGAAUGGAGAACUGAGGAAACUUUAAAAUUUCUCUAUGGCCCAAACUAUACUUCAUGUUCAUUGGAGUGCAUAUCAUCUGCCAACCAGGAGAAUGAAGAACUUGAUGAGGAUGACUUGGAUACAGCUGAUGAUCUUAACACUGAUGCUACAGGGGAUUCUGAAAACAGUUUGAACUAUUCUUUACCUUUCACAGACACAGGUGGAAUAGUUAAGCCUGUGCCUAGUUAUGAAAAGUUAAAAGAAGAGACAGAGUUCCUAGAACUCCGAGUAAAAGAGUUCUAUAAAGGAAAGUGCAUCUUGGCUGAAGAGGCAGUGACACAUGCACAGGCAGAGGAACAUCCAAGGAAAGACAAGGAUGAUCAACAGGAAGAUCUUACCUUCCCACUUGUUGAUUCAAAUGCACAGAUGCAGAUUAGAAAGCGAAUCGUCCUUGAAAAACUGAGAAAAGUAUUACCUGCAGUUUUGGGCCCUCUUCAGAUUACUCCAGGUGAUAUUUACACAGAGCUAAAAAAUCUUGUCAAAACUUUCCGGUUAACAAACAGAAAUAUUAUUCACAAAAUGCCUGAAUGGACUCUAAUUGCUAUUGUUUUGUUAUCUGUAUUGUCACAAUUUACUCCACUUUUCAAGAAUACUCAGAUGAGCCCAAUACACACACAGUUCCUGACUACAUUGCUGGAAGAACUGCAUUUCAAAAAUGAAGAUCUGGAAAGUUUAACAAGAAUAUUUAAAAAAGACUGCCCGCUUGAAUGGUCAGUCGAUUUUAAGCUAAUUUGCAUGCCAUAAAACUAAGCCAGAUAACUAACUGUUUUAAUUUUCAGCAUUUUGUAAGUAUGCACAGUAACUACAGAUCAUAUCAGCCAGGGUAGAAAAUGUGUAAGUACAUUUUAAAGUAAAGAAAUACAUAUGGUAUGGAAAUUAGUGUCAUCAUUUUGUCACUUACAGUAAAUGCCAGCUGCUUACUUAUCACUUCAAUCUUUUGAGACUAUAUAGUUGGUUUACUGCAAUUUUGGGAGGAAAUUUUACUUAAGUUCUACUACAAUUUAUAAAAAAAUUUCUGUGUGGCUACAGUGGCUAAGUGUCAGUAGGGCUUUUUAUUAUUAAAAUGAAAUUGUUGUGUUCAGUCUUUCUGAUACAGAACUGAGCUAAAAGCCAUAUAUUGUUUGCAUAACACUGAGAUUACAGUUUGCAUUCUGGGUAGGCUGAAAAAUUUAAGAGAAAAUACCUCUUUAUGCUGAUUAUAUUCAACUGAUUCAAUGAAUACAGCAUUUAUAGUAUUUAAGCAAUUAGUGUAUUAACGUUGCUGAUCUCGUUCCUUUGUUC